AGGAGGGGGACCCGAACGUUUCCAGUUCUGGCUCUGCCGACUCCACUUCUGGACACACAGGAAUGUGAAGUGCUGGUGCUGAUUUUGAGCCAUUCUGUGAGAAUUUACCCCUUGGGUACCCAACGAGCUCAGUCCUUUAUUAUUCAAGAAAUCUGCGGCGCUAAUUCUUUUUGCCAGCCGGACUUGCUGAGUGCCAGGAAUGCUAACCUGGUGUGGACGGUGGACUAUCCUAAUAGGCUGUGCAAUAACAGAAUAUUGUCUGAUAGACCGAGCUCAUUCUGGAGCUGAACCAGCAGCAAAUCAGCUUCCCUCUCUGCAUCGCGUCAAGAGGAAAUGGGUGUGGAAUCAGUUCUUUGUAUUGGAAGAGCAUCUAGAAACAGAGCCACUCUACAUUGGCAAGCUCCACUCUGAUUCGGACAAUGGGAAUGGUUCUUUACGAUAUAACCUGACGGGUGAUGGAGCUGGCACAAUCUUCACCAUCGAUGAGGACAAUGGAGAUAUUUUCCUCUUAAAGAAGCUGGACCGAGAGGAGAAGCCAUUUUACAUCCUGCGGGCGCAAGUGGUUGACAGAGAAACCAACCAAUAUGUAGAACCAGAGUCCGAGUUCCACAUUAAGGUCCAGGACAUCAAUGACAAUGAACCGCAGUUUCUGGAUGAACCAUACGUUGCCACGGUGCCUGAAAGGUCACCUGACGGAACCUUCGUUACCCAGGUGACGGCGACAGAUGCAGAUGAUCCUUCCUAUGGAAGUCAUGCCAGGAUAGUCUACCAAAUCCUGCAGGGACAGCCGUACUUUUCAGUGGAGCCAACAACAGGAGUUAUUCGAGUUGCUUCGCCUAAUACAGACAGAGAGGCCAAAGAACAGCACGUGGUUAUUAUCGAGGCUAAAGAUAUGGCUGGGCUAAAGGGAGGUCUCUCCGUGACAACCACCGUGACCAUUACCCUGUCUGAUGUUAAUGACAACAGACCGAAAUUCCAGCACAAGCUGUAUCACUUCUCUGUUCUGGAGUCAGGCAGUAUUGGAUCCACCGUCGGGAGGAUCAUGGCGACAGACGUCGAUAUUGGACAAAAUGCAGAAAUGGACUACGUGGUUGAAGCUGGCGACAGUUCAGAUUCAUUUGUUGUAUUUACCGACAGGAAGACCCAGGAAGGUGUCAUCAAGUUAAAGAAGCCAUUGGACUAUGAGAGCAAGGGGAGAUUUAACACCAGAGUGGCAGCAAUCAACAAACACAUUGAUCCCCGAUUCCUCAACCUCGGACCAUUUAAAGAUAUCACAAAUGUCAAAAUCAAUGUGCUGGACGUCGAUGAGCCGCCGGUCUCUGUGUCUCCUGAAUACAUUUUCAAGAUUGAAGAAAACAGAGAGGCUGGUGCCUUUGUUGGGGUGGUGACAGCAAGGGACCCAGAUGCAGCGAACAACUCAAUCAGGUACUCCCUUGAUCAUCACCGUGCCAGAUCUUUCAAUGUUGAUACAAAGAAUGGAACCAUAACCACAUUACAACCCCUUGAUCGCGAGGAGAUCCCUUGGUACAACUUAACCAUCUCAGCAUCAGAAGCAAGUAACCCGAAGAAAGUGACUUCAGUCUCGGUGCAUAUUCAGGUUCUCGAUGUCAAUGAUCAUUCUCCAGCAUUCCCAGUUUCAUACGAAGCAUUUGUCUGUGAAAACGCAAAGCAUGGGCAGGAGAGUAAAGUUCUAUCCAUUGAACGAUGGGAAGGACGUGCUCAGUGGUCCUCAGGCCCCUGCAGUGAGGAUAACACGGCUGCCGUUCUGACACAGAGAGCUGGUUAUAGUCGAGGAGAGCAAGCCGUACACUUCUUGCCCAUCCUGAUAGUGGACAAUGGGGCUCCAUCACUGAGCAGCACCAACACCCUCACUAUCCGAGUGUGUAAGUGCAACAACAAUGGCGUUGGCCAACUGUGCAAUGCUCAUGCCUUCUUCCUGCCUGCUGGCCUCAGCACCGGGGCUUUAAUCGCCAUCCUCAUCUGUGCCCUGAUGAUACUGGCAUUUGUGUUUCUCCUCCUGGUACUCCGGCGGCACAGGAAAGACCCUCGCUUUGCCACCGAACGCGACGACAUCCGCGAAAACAUCGUCAGCUACGACGACGAAGGUGGGGGUGAAGAGGACACGGAAGCGUUCAGCAUGGCCACCUUGAGGAACUCUCAGGUCAGGCGCGGCUCCAGAGCAAGGAGAGGCGUGAAGUCCGACAUUCCGUCAGCUUACAGGCAGUCGCUCCGUGGGAUGCCGGAUCAAGCCGUCUUCCGAGAGUUCGUCAGGGAGAGGCUGAGAGAAGCUGACUCUGAUCCCUCAGCUCCCCCAUUCGAUUCUUUGCAGAUGUACGCAUUUGAGGGGACCGGCUCAGUCGCUGGGUCCUUGAGUUCUUUGGCUUCAUCCUGCUCGGGUUUCGACGAUUAUUACGAUUACCUCAGUGACUGGGGACUAUGCUUCAAUACAUUAGUGGAUCUGUACGGGGAUAAUGGAAAUCAACCAGAUACAUGAAGCAAGGGAGGGAGAAGAACAUUGAAAUUUCAUGGCAAGGGAUAUUCUUCUGAUUUUGCAAUUCUAAUGUCAAGCCUGCCCACCUCUGCAAGUGUGUAUUGAACGUUUCACCACCAGGAAUUUUCUAUUUGUUUCUUUUAAAUCCAGUAAGUUAUUGUUGCAGCCCACCUGAGUUUCUGAAAUGCUGGUCCAGCCAUCAGAACCCCAAUACCUAAAAGUUACCUGUAGUCAGGUGGUUUGCAGAAUUCUUUACCCUGUGUAGGAGAUAUCGCAGAAUCUCUGAAUGUGUCAUCUGAAUGAGAUAUGAGCUUUUAACUGGAACGUGUUGAGGAGAUACCUGUCUUCCCAAUCCAUUCCCAUUCCACAUCUGGUCUAGAUUUUGAGACUUCUGUUACUAACAAAAUAAUGAAGUGACAUCUUUAUCAGGACAGUCCUGGACUUGAUGAACGUGAAUUCAAGAGUACCAAUAAGACCAGCCUCAGAUCACUCUCCAAAUGUACUCUUUGCACAAACUGCAAAGUGGGGUUUAGUCAGGGGAUGGAGCAGGUGUGGAUCAGCUCUCACAUUCCUGUUUCUGAGCCCAGAAGGACGUGUAGCUAACAUUCCCCCCUUAGCUUAUUGAGUACUCAACUCAGACUGGCAUCCCCAGUGGAGCAUUGUGGAAGUACUGCACUGGCAGAGGUGCUUUCUUUCUCAUGAGAUCCUUGUGCACGAGCGUCAAAGAUCUGACUCGUUUAUCCCUUCCUGGAUGCUCCUUCGCACAGAUUAUUUAGUCACUGUUAUUUGUGGGAUCUUGCUGUGUGUGGUUUGCCUGUGUCUGACAUUAUAACAGUGACAGCAGCUCAGAAAGCAUUUGAUUGGCUGCAAUGUGCCAUGGGCGCCCUGAGGUCAUAACAGGCAGGUUCUUUCUCACGAUCUAAAAGUUAUUGCUGGUGAUCAACUACGUGCUGACAUUCAGUAUCAAACUCUGUGAAGGUAUAAAUAUGCUAAUGGCUUUGCUUUAACAGCUGAGGGAGAAAAGAGAUAGGGGCACAUUUGUGUCCCACAGUUGCAUCAAGAGCAGUAAUUUCAAGCCUUUGGUACAUGUUCCCUUGCAAAAUAUUCCUUUUGUUUUUACACUUUGUUGGAAAACUAGAAUGGUCGUCUGUGGCUGACAAUCCCCCAUUGUAAUGGUCAACAUAAUUUUUGUGUUGCAUUUUAUGUAAAGAAUCAUCGUUUAUGAUUCUGAUUCUGUUGACUUUUCUUGCUCUUCGCAUUUUACAUGUUCAGAGAACAUCUGGGUUUAUUCAGGAGAAAGAUGCUGGAAAACUAAAUGCUUGCUUGACUUGUUGUACAGUGUGUACAUCAAACAAAGUCAGCUCUGCAUGCUUCACAACAAAACUGAUUCCACUUUAACCCAGGCUCUGAGAAUCACCCAUUGCUACUUCACUGCGACACUAACAAUUCAUGUUAGGGAUGGUUUUGUGACUAGCCAAUGCCAGGAAAGGAAGUAGCAACUAGUUCGGCCCAACUAGUCCACACCGACCCUCCAAAGAGUAACCCACCCAGACCCAUUUCCCUCUGAU